ACACUUGUGGAACAAACUGGUACAGCAGGAGAGGAGAAGGGGAAGAUGGUAAAAGCAGAGAACCACCAGAGGUUCCUUGGAGGGAUGAGGCAGCGCUUCCAAACCAUGCUUGCAGCUGUGGGGCUCAUCUCAAUCAUGGCUGAAGGUUUGCUCAGCUGGCAACUCGGGAUCUUAGUCAUUGUCACAGGGAUAGUGAAAGAGAUUUUCAGACCAAAUAUUGCACAAGCCAUGGUCAGGACUGUGGUCACAGGAUGUAUAAAUCUGGCCAGACAUUUGGAUCCCGUUGAAGGAAAGACACCUGCAUCCCUGGUGGUCUCUGAGUAUGGUGCCAUAGGAGGAGCAUUAGGUGGAGCAGUUGGUGGAGCUGUUGGUGGGGCGGUGCACACAGUCUUGGGAGAGGUUCUCCCGGUCUUCGGACAGGCAGUUGGGGUCGCACUGGGUGUAGUUUUUGGUAGGAUAUUUGGCCAGGCAUUCACCGACGAAAUCUUAAAAAAAAUGACCGCAAUAACAGACAAAGGGAUUGCAGGAGCACUAGGGGGAGCUUUAGCGGGCGGCUUCGGAGCAUUGUUUGGCUUCAUGGCAGGAGGGAUUGUUGGAGGCUUCAUGGGUGCGCUGUUGGGGGCCGUGGGAGUUAAAUAUUUAGGCACUUGGUUGAAGGAGACAUCCCUUGGAGGAAUGCAUCGUUUAAUUUCAAUGUUUUCAACCGUAGCCAUAGGUCUUAUCACAUCCAUAAGACAUAUCACCACACUAUUUGGAGUCAUAGGCCUGCUUGGAAGUUUGGUGGCAAUCCUGGCCAUGCCCCUAGCCAACAAACAACAUAAAACCAAAGCUACAAACACCUUUAACAAGAAGAAAGAAGUAAAGGCAGAGGACAACACCAAUAAGGACGUAAAAGGAGAAGACAGCAAUCAAGAUGAGAAUGAGAAGGGGAUAAACGUAGACAACCAGAGACUUGUUUGGCAAUAUUCUGAAUUGAUGCUUUCAGCUGUGGGGCUUACCACAAUAAUGUUAACAGGUCUAAUGGCAGCGUUAACACUCGGAAGCCUAGCAGUGAUUGCAGCGGUGCUUGAACUAUUCGGUGGGGGAUAUGAAUCCAAGAGUUUGUCAGGAGUCGUAACAGCAGCCAAGGGCAUUGUGGGAGCUGUUGUGACAGGAUGUGGAAAACUGGCUGGACUUUUGAAGCAAAUCGUAGGAAAGAAAGUAGCUGCAAUAGUGUUCCCUGAGAAUGAAGGAGAUGCUUGCACCUCGGCCGGAGCAAUAGGUGGAGCUGUGGGCGGAGCUAGUGGUGGGGCAGCACUCACAUUCUUGAGAGUGAUGCAUCCAAUCUUCGGGCAGGCAGUUGGCGGUGUACUAGGGGCAAUUGUUGGUUGGACAAUCGGCAAAGCCUUCACCACCAACAUCAUGACCAGGCGUGGGCAAAUGGACAAACGCCCAGGGGCAGUAGGUGGCGCUAUAGGGGGGAGCAUUGGGGCGUUUUUUGGCUUCAUGACGGGAGGAGUUGUUGGCGGUUUAACUGGAGGCGUGAUUGGCAUGAUGGGGGAUAAGUACCUAGGGAUCAGGAGUAACUGA